GCAGGCGCCGCAACCCGGAAGCGGAUCUAGUUGGUUGUCUGCUCGAGGUGCAGCUAUUAUGGCGGUGCUCCGAAUUGCGAUGAAUGGUGGCAAUUGGUUCUCGGCUUUGGCGCUUGGGGUGACACUCUUCAAAUGCCUUCUCAUCCCUACCUACCAUUCCACAGAUUUUGAAGUACACCGAAACUGGCUUGCUAUAACUCAUAGUUUGCCAAUAUCACAGUGGUAUUAUGAGGCAACUUCAGAGUGGACUUUGGACUAUCCCCCCUUUUUUGCGUGGUUUGAGUAUGCCCUGUCACAUGUUGCCAAAUAUUUUGAUCAAGAGAUGCUGAAUGUCCAAAAUCUAAAUUACUUCAGUUCAAGCACCCUGCUUUUCCAGAGACUUUCUGUCAUCUUUACAGAUGGACUCUUUGUGUAUGCUGUCCAUGAGUGCUGUAAAUGCAUUGAUGGGAAAAAAGCAGGCAAAGAACUCACAGAGAAGCCCAAGUUUAUUCUGUCAGUCUUACUGCUGUGGAAUUUUGGGUUGUUGAUUGUGGACCAUAUUCAUUUCCAGUACAAUGGUUUUUUAUUUGGUUUAAUGCUCCUCUCCAUUGCACGAUUAUUUCAGAAAAGGCAUAAAGAAGGAGCUUUGCUCUUUGCUGUUCUCCUACAUUUCAAGCAUAUCUACCUCUACGUAGCACCAACAUAUGGUAUAUAUCUGCUGAGAUCUUACUGUUUCACUGCAAAUAAACCAGAUGGAUCCAUUCGAUGGAACAGUUUCAACUUCUUCCGUCUUAUUUCCCUGGGUCUAAUUGUUUUCCUGGUUUCUGUUCUUUCUUUGGGGCCAUUUCUAGCCAUGGACCAGUUGCCUCAAGUCAUUUCCCGACUCUUCCCUUUCAAGAGGGGUCUCUGCCAUGCCUACUGGGCUCCAAACUUCUGGGCUUUGUACAACGUCUUGGACAAAACACUGUGUGUCAUUGGUUUACAGUUGAGAAUUCUUGAUCCCAGCAAGAUCCCCAAGGCAUCAAUGACAAGUGGUUUGGUCCAGCAGUUUCAACACACUGUCCUUCCUUCAGUGACACCCCUGGCCACCCUUGUCUGCACUCUGAUUGCCAUAUUGCCCUCUGUUUUCUGCCUUUGGUUUAAACCCCAAGGACCCAGAGGCUUUCUCCGAUGUCUGGUUCUUUGUGCCUUGAGCUCCUUCAUGUUUGGCUGGCACGUCCAUGAAAAAGCAAUCCUCCUAGCGAUCCUUCCAAUGAGCCUUUUGUCUGUGGGCAAAGCAGGAGAUGCUUCGAUUUUUCUGAUUCUGACCACAACAGGACAUUACUCUCUCUUCCCUCUGCUUUUCACAGCACCAGAACUUCCCAUUAAAAUCUUACUCAUGUUAUUAUUUACCAUCUAUAGUAUUUUCUCACUGAAGACUUUAUUCAGAAAAGAAAAACCUCUUUUGAAUUGGUUGGAGACUUUCUACCUCCUUGGCCUGGCACCUCUGGAAGCCUUUUGUGAAUUCAUAUUCCCUUUCACCUCCUGGAAGUUCCAGUACCCCUUCAUGCCCUUGUUACUGACCUCAGUGUACUGUGCUAUGGGAGUCACGUAUGCAUGGUUCAAACUGUCUGUGUCAGCAUGGACAGACCCUCCUGUGGGCAAGACAAAGAAGUGGUGAAUCAAGGAUGUUUUCCAAGCAGCUCUUUCAUUGGAAAGUAAUCAGAACUUGAAGGAAGUAGAUGCCAGCCCAAAUACUUCACUUCCAUUGGUCUAUAUGGAAGACCAUUCUUCCAUACUUAGCCUUGAAUAGCCUAGCAAUCUAGUUAUCACCUGGGUGAGAAGUCACUUGUCCUUCAUAAGCAGGGAGACACCUCUGAAACAGAUGUUACCCUCUCUAGCUCAAACGGUCUGCAAUGAUUAAGACCACUCUGCACUACUCAGGACUCUGGUCAGCAGUGUGUUAUAGGUGGCCAGUGGUAACCAUUGAUUGCCAAGUAGUUAAGCAUGAUUAGUGUGUUAGGGGACCUAACAAUAAAAUAUCAUUUUGUA